AUGUCGACUAUCACUCACCAUGAAGUGACAUAUGCAGAUGGCAUUAAGAAAAUCCAUUAUCUAGCCACUGGCCCCGAGGAUGGCCCGUUGAUCAUCUUUGUCCACGGAUGGCCUGCCACUGCCAUUACCUGGAAACGUCAGCUGGAUGCUUUCGCCGCCGUAGGUUUCCGUGCCAUCGCCCCCGAUAUGCCAGGAUACGGACAGUCCACAGCUCGACGUAUCGCCGAUGACUAUUGCCAGGAAGCUAUCGUUGAAGGUCUUAUGGCUUUACUGGGAGACACGGGCCGCGAUGCCGCAGUUUGGGUGGGUCACGACUGGGGUUCCGGAGUGGUCUCCUCUGUUACUAUCCAACACCCCGAAGCCGUUAAAGCGCUCGUGAACGUCUGUGUGCCAUACAAUACCAUUGAGCUUGGAUGGGAUGCUUUCCUUCCACUAGUGAACCGUGAUAUCUACCCCGAGGAUAAAUACCCGUACGGUCAAUGGGAUUACCAAAAGGCAUACGAGGAGGAUUUCGAAAAGACCAUUGAAUGGUUCGAUCAAGAUGUCGCUGGAUUGUGCAGCUUGUUCGCACAGAAGCCUGGCCCGCGACCUGAUCCCAAGGUAGCUGCCGAAGCUAUGGCUACGGUGCGGAAGGUCGGAUGGCUUGGUGGAUUAGCGAAGCCUCCUAGUGCUGCUCAGCUGGGACCUCCAAUUCUUCCUCCGGAGAUCUUCGACUCGUUCAGUGCGGAUAUGCAGAAGACGGGCUUCUGGACUGGUUCGGCAUAUUACUUGCAUCAUAAGCGGAAUGCGGAGUAUAAUGGAGGUCGGGAACUCAAGUUCACGAAGCCGGCGUUGUUCGUUCACACUAAAUGGGAUGUGAUCUGCGAGACAAAGGAAUCCCGGCUUAUGGAGCGUAUGAGAGAGAAUUGUUCGAACCUGACGGAGGUUACUAUUGAUGCUGCUCACUUCGUGAUGUUCGAGAAGCCUGUGGAGCUUAACGCUGCCUUGUUCCGAUUCUUAGUAGAUGCGGUGCCGACUGAGUGGCCCGGGUACUCGGAUAGCGAGUAUGCUAAGACCAAGUAA